GAUCGUGUGAUCCAGGAUCGCCGACUUGACCCGUCGGUUUUUUCCAGGUCUCUCCCGUGCCGGCCGGCCCCAAACGGCUUUCUUUACCGGCGAACUCCGCCUCGGCGUGGUCAACUUUGCGCCAUCAUUACGCGGGCGCCCUGAUCAGAGCCGUUAACCUGAAUCCUGAUCGCCUCCUAUUUAUACCCGCUCGAUCGGUGUCACGGUCGUCACAAGCCGAAGCGUCCGAUAAUCCAAGCUAGCAGGUGCAGCGGUCAAGUGAGUGGUGGCCUGCUUGGAGUACGCAAAAAAUUGGAGUGCGCCGGCUGCGUUGAGCGUUUGAGAGAUGGAGGCGAGGAGCAGUGCAGCGCUCGUGGCCGCGGCCGUCCUGGCGCUACUGGUGCUCGUGCCCGAGGCGUCCCGCGCGGAGCGGUUCGUGGUCGGCGACGCGGCGCGGUGGACGUGGGGGUACAACUACACGGACUGGGUCAUCAAGAAGGGCCCCUUCUUCCAGAACGACAGCCUCGUUUUCAUGUACGACCCGCCGAACGCGACGGUGCACGCGCACAGCGUGUACCUGAUGCGCAACGCCGCGGACUACCAGUCGUGCAACCUCAAGGCGGCCAAGCUGGUGGCCGGCGUCAUGCAGGGCGCCGGGUCGGGCUUCGAGUUCGUGCUCAAGAAGCGCAAGCCGCACUACUUCGUCUGCGGCGAGCGCGGCGGACUCCACUGCACCAUGGGGCAGAUGAGGUUCAUUGUCAAGCCCAAGAGCUCCGCGUGCCGCGACGACUGACCCGCCGUCUCUGCCGCCGGCCGGCUGAUCCAUGGACAUGACCUGGUGGUUGACCGAUGUCCACCUCGUCUUCUUCUGCAUGCCACCUUCUGAUUCCGGUUCAAUCGUUGUGCUUGCUUGUAAGUUAUCAAUUGCUGUAUUUACGAUGUGUUGUAUGGUGUAGUUGCCAUGUGUCAUAUUUAUGAAUGAAUGGUUUGUCGAAUAAAAGAGGGAGUGUGUCCGAUGGAGUGAGUUGUUAA